CAUACACCACAGAUACAACUCUCACGGAAAGAAGGACUCUUCCUUCUGUGAGAGCGGUAUCUUUUUUCCCUCAUAAAUUGCUUUAAAUUUUUUAAAAAUUCAAUGUUUACUUGAAAAAAGUUUGAAUGAUAUUUAUUUUUUUGUGUUCUACGCAUUAGAUAAUAUAAAAUUAUAAAUGGUAGCCAUCAUGUAAACUGAAGUGUUUAAAAUGAGUCAGGACAGUGAGCAAACUGACAAGCUCAAGUUGCUUGAAGACACAAUAAAGGAUGCUGUGGCUAUCGUUAUUGCAAGUGACUUUAACAAAUAUGUUGCUGUUGGUUGUCUGACUUUGCUAGUUGCAGUUUUGAUUUCUUGCAUUGUUUGGUGUUGCAGAAAAAGAAAGGUCACAAAUGGCGGUGAUAUUUCAAGUAGUUCUAAGGAACAACUCCACAAAGCAAGAUUUCGGAAAAGGGAUCAGAUCAGGUUUUACACAACAAAAAUGCUUCGAAAGGUUCGUGAAUUUAAAGAUGAAGUUUUACCUGGUGCAGAUCCACCUGUGAAACGGAGAAGACGAAGACGCGAGUCUGGUUUCGCCAGAUUCCUUAAACGUCAGGAUAAUGAGUCAAUUCGUAUGAUGAAGGAACCCCCUGCAGCACUCUUAGAAGCUGAUUUCAAUGAGGCAACUAGCAGUGAGACACAUUUGCCUGCAGAAGUCAUGUAUAUGUUAAAAAGUGUAAGAGUCUUUGGACAUUUUAACAAGCCACUAUUUUUCGAGCUUUGCAAGUACAUUGUGACCAAGUCUUUACCGAUGGGAAAAGUGUUGUUUCGACCUGGAUCAAUGGAAGAAUGUAUAUAUAUUGUACAAUCAGGGCAAAUUAAUUUAUAUCUUGUCGAUAAGAAAGGAACAGAGAUGCUGUUGAAGAAAGUAAAAGCUGGUGAUAAUAUACAUAGUGUGAUGAAUAUCCUUGAUGCAAUCAGAGGAAACUCUUCAUAUAAAUACUCAAUUUUAAUUAGAGCAGCCACAGAUUCGCAAAUUUUGAUGUUGCCGUCUCGUGCAUUCAAAAAAGUGUUUGAAGAUCAUCCUGAGUCUUUAGUUCGCAUAGUACAGAUUGUCAUGCUACGGUUGCAGCAGGUCACAUUCCAAGCCUUUCAUAAAUUUCUUGGAUUAUCAACAGAAUUGAUUAGUGCAUCAUCAACACGCCGUGUUAAUGAAGGAUUGAAGUCACUGUCUGUUUAUUCACUUGGAAACAAUGGAAACAAAGAUUCUGUUGCAAAACCUAAUGAAGUUGUUAGUCCAGGAAGGAUAUCUGCUAUUAAAGAAGACAACGAAGUUAAUACUGCACCUACCAACCAGCCUAAUUCUUCACCAGUUCUCAAAAGAAGCUAUACACAUGACACAAAAAGUGCCGCAAAGACAAUCCCUGCACCAAUACGACGUAGUGGAUCAUUUGGACGUUUAGCUGAUCUUUAUGGAAGUGGUUCAACCAGUGACCAUCAAUCAAUAUCACUCAGUGAGACAUCCUCUGAUUUCGAUGCUGUGUUGGGGAGAGUUGGUUUAGACAUAAACGAGACAGGAAAGCUAAACAACAAACAAAAUUUUGACGAAGAAUUAAAUAAUGAUUUCGAAUUUCCAAAAGAACAGCCACCAGAAUUGGUCAGUGAUGGUGGCGCUAAUUAUGGUAUGGCGAACGAAGAAGAAGAGAAAAUGCUGGCUGCAGUAAGAUCUGAUUUGGUAAAGUUGCUAAAUUUACCUACUCCAAAGUUACUCGACAACAUCCUUGCAAUUGAUUUCAUACCUGCUAAUUCAUACCUUGUUCGACAAGGAGACAAAGAUUCAAGUCUUUUCUUUCUCGUGCAAGGCAGUUUGGAAGUAUCACAAAGCGAACGACAAAAGGAGGAAGAAGUGCUGUUUAAUUGUGUGCCUGGUGAAUUUAUGGGAUCAUUGUCGCUACUGACUGGCGAUCCAUCCUUCUUUUCUGUUCGUACCAUUGAAGCAUCUUAUGUUGUUAUCAUCAGUAAAGUAAAUUUUUACAUGCUAAUCAAAGAACAUCCAAAAAUCGUACUUCCAGUUGCAAAUAGUCUCAUACAAAAGAUGUCAUCCUUUGUGAGAAAUAUUGAUUUUGCUUUGGAUUGGAUGAUAUUAGAGUCGGGAAAGCCGCUAUACAGACAAACUGAUGAAGCAAAUUCUAUUUAUGUUGUUCUCAAUGGUCGUUUACGUGCUGUUCGUACUCACGAGUCGGGGAAGAAAGAAAUUGGUGCAGAGUAUGGUCGUGGUGAAUUUGUAGGAUUGGUGGAAGUCUUGACACACACUGAUAGACAUUCUUCAGUUCAUGCUGUAAGAGACACCGAGUUAGCUCAAAUACCUGAAGGUUUAUUGAAUACUAUCAAGUUGCAUUACCCACAGGUUGUAACCAGGUUAAUUCAGUUGCUAGGAGAUCGAAUCUUAGGAAAUGUAAAGAAAGGGUCAAUAGCUCCUCUUGAUUCAAAGUUAGAAAUGAUUGGAAAGAACUUGGGCACUGUUGCAGUUAUUCCUGCUUCAAAUUCUGUACCUUUACACAAUUUUACAUUCGAACUUGGCUUAGCUAUUAAUGAUAUAGGAAAAACACUUGUACUAACCAGUGACGUUAUCAAGAAGAGAUUGGGUAAUGCUGUUUUAGAUAGCGUUCACGAGUACAACUUAUCCAAUUGGCUUGGUCAUCAAGAAGAUAUUCAUCGCAUCGUUGUUUAUCAAGCCGAUAUGUAUAUGACGGAAUGGACCAAGAGGUGCAUACGACAGGCAGAUAUUAUAUUAAUUGUUGGUAUGGGAGAAGACGAACCCACUGUGGGGAAGUUGGAGGCUCAGUUGGAAGGCAUGACUUCUGUGCGUGCUCAAAAAGAUUUAAUUUUGCUGUAUGAUGAGGAGACGUUUUACAAACCAACACAAACUAUUGAUUGGUUAAACGCAAGAGGCUGGGUUUCCGCUCAUCACCAUGUAAGAUGUCCACGUAGGAUAUUCAAGAGAAAGUUACUUUCGGAACGGUAUGCAAACGAUCCCAACUGCACGGGUCCUUCGAGACAAUCAGAUUUUGCUCGAUUAGCCAGAGUGCUCACUGGUACAUCAAUUGGUUUAGUACUGGGUGGUGGAGGCGCGAGAGGUAUCGCACACGUUGGUAUUAUCAAAGCCUUAACAGAAGCCGGUGUUCCUAUUGAUUCUGUAUGCGGGACAAGCAUGGGAGCAUUCAUUGGUGCUUUGUAUGCUGAAGAUGGCAACAUAGUGAGAACAACACAACGGGCUAGAGAGGCCUGUAUGAAAAUGGCUUCGCUGUGGAGGAAACUUCUAGAUAUGACGUAUCCGCAUACUUCUUUGUUUACUGGAAGAGCAUUCAACGCUGAAAUCGAAUCAACUUUUGGUGAUUAUAAAAUAGAAGACAUGUUGUUACCUUAUUUUUGUGUAACGACUGAUAUAUCGAACUCAAAAAUGAAAAUCCACCAAACAGGUUCAACUUGGCGUUAUGUUAGAGCUAGUAUGUCGCUGUCUGGCUACCUACCACCCAUGUGUGAUCCAGUUGAUGGCCAUCUCUUGCUAGAUGGAGGUUACGUCAAUAACUUGCCUGCUGAUGUGAUGCGAACACUCGGUGUCAAAACUAUUAUUGCUGUGGAUGUUGGCUCAAAAGACGAAGCAGACCUCACGAAUUUCGGUGACUCGUUGUCAGGGUGGUGGAUGUUGUGGAAGAGACUAAACCCUUUCGCAACUCCUGUCAGAAUUCCUGAUAUGGCGGGUAUACAAAGUCGUUUAGCUUAUGUUUCAUGUGUGCAACAGUUACAAGAAGUAAAGAAUGGAGGAUAUGCACAUUAUAUAAGACCUCCAAUUGACAGAUUUAAAACGUUACAGUUUGGUGCUUUCGACGAAAUAUUGGAAGUUGGGUUGCAUCAUGGGAGAGCAGUAUUCAGCAGCCUUUUGCAAGGAAACUUGCUUCAAAGUGAGAGCCCUCAAACAGCAAAACAGAAACAGAAACAAAUAAUUGUGGGUGGAAACAUAGCACCAUCAUUCACUGACCUGGCAGAACUUGUGUCCCGCAUCAAAGCACCUGUCAGCAUAUCACGUCAAUCACUUAAGUCGAGAUUUUUCGACUAUCAAUCUGAUGACGACGUGUCGGAUGUUGAUGACGUAGAUUUUUACGAACGUGGAACAGUAUCCGACCAAGAAUUGAUGCCUGAAUCAGAUUUGUUAAGUGGGAUUGAGGAGCCAGGUUACGAGUCAGAAGAUACCGCGAAUUUACGGAAACGUCGGCCUGUCUAUCAACGUGUCAACAGUAACCUCGUUUGAAUGCAGUAUUAGCAUUUGCCUCGUUUGAAUGCAAUGGUAAUCUCGUUUUUAAGCAAUGACACUGUUCGCAGCUGUUUUUCUGAACUAGAAAAAAAAACUCCGCAUAGAUUAUAUAGACUACGGGUUUUACGGACACUGUGAGUUUCUAAAUUAGUUUCCAGUCCCUUAAUCUUCUCUUAAUGUUGCACCGACGACGACGUCAUAUUAUCGUGUUCUGUAUUCCGUCAAACUGUAAAAAUUUUUAUAUUAAGAAACCGCUUAGAGUUUUAUCGUCAAUUUUUGAUGCCAUCAUAAACUCUCAAAUCGUGAAAUUAAUAUAAGAAAAAAAAAAUGUUUUAUACACUUUAAUGUUUCAUAAGGUUUUAAAAUAAAAAUUGUAUAUAUAUGUUUGUAUUUAUAAAUAAAAACUUUCGUGUUUUUCGACA